AAGAAGAAAAAGGCGGCUUUUCUUCCAUCUACACACUCCAAAAGUCACCAAAAUAAUGGUCCCCUUCCCCUUUGUAUGUCUGCAAGUGAUAUAUUAGUCUUCACCAAACGCUGUCUUCGUCGUUUUCAUUUGGUUUUAGGUUGUUCUUAAAGAGGACUGAGUAAACAGGGUUCCCUCAUUGUUGCGCAAGUACACAUUGCUUUGUUCAUAUUUGACACGCUCUAAUAAACUUGGAAAGAUUCAAUAAUGCCCUCUUCUCUUUAACAUCCCAUCACCUCUCUCUCUCUCUCUCUCUCUCUCUCUCUCUCUCUCUGUGGUUCUCUCUGGCUGCACCGAUCUCCCAAACACAGCAAAGACGACAGGGAAAAAAGACAUGGGUAAUGAGUACAAUCGCUUCAACAACCACCAGAAUCAUCAUCUCGAUCCAAGAGCUACAUUUCUGCCCAUGUUAUGUUCAAGAACGUCUAUCAAAGAUGUGGUACUUCCGAGUUGGAAAGACCGGUCGGCGUCCUUCUCCGACGACCCUUUGUCUCCUAAAAUAGGUUGCAUGGGCCAGGUCAAGAGGAACAACAGAGUAGUUGGCUUCCCGGUCACCUCUUCUCACAAACAUAUUACUAACAACAACAACAACAACACUGCCAAGUACUCCAAGCUCAAGAAACUCUUCUCUGGCAAAAAUCUAGCCACACCCACUACCGUCGCCGCCACCGCCAGCUGUCGGAUCAGGAGACAAGUGGACGUGAAUAGCGCAAGCGAGCCGAAGAGUAAUCAUAGUAGUGAGAGCUGUGUUUCUGUCGUUGAUAUGGAUCCUCCACUGCCGGUGAUCAAGCGGCCGGUGCAAAAGCCUGAAGCAGGGGAAGGGGAGAAUCUUUGGAAGAGGAGAUCUGGUGGGGUAGCGCUGAAAACUCUACAGCUUCAACAAAUUCAUCAUCCUAAGCAUCGUCUUCAACCCAUCACAGUUUGAUGAGAAAACUUCAUUUGAAGUAAUGUAAAUGUUUUGGAUCUUAAUUUCCAGUUUUGAAUAUUGUUUGACUCUGUUUUUCAAAGUUUGGUGAUGAUGAUCAGGGUGUAUGUAAUAAUUGUUCUUAUGUAGAUCCAUCCUUUUCUUGACAUAAUCAAUGAGAAAAGCCACCACAAGAUCAUCCUGCCGGAAGUAAA